ACCUAGCGACUUAUGCGAUCCUGGUACUUGUGUCUAUUGAUCAGCGGAGUUAGAUGGUUAUGUUAUAUGGUAUAUGAACAUAAAGUUGUCGCGGAAGAGAUCAGUGUGGUUCUGACGUUGUACCAGUCAACAUGAGAGUGCUUGGGUUAUUAUUUUUUGGGCUAAACGUGGUAUUAGCUGCGCAGCCAACUUGCGUGCUACUCAACGAUGGCAACAAAAUGCCCAUGCUUGCCUUGGGCACUGGCAGAGGUACCGCUAAAGAGACGGACACAUUAGACGAUGUCCGCAACGCGGUGUUCUGGGCUAUCGAGGCUGGCUACCGUCACAUCGACACUGCAGCUGUGUAUGGAGAUGAGGAGCAGGUCGGACAGGGCAUCGCUGAUGCCAUAGCCAAGGGAAUCGUUACCAGGGACCAGCUGUUUAUCACUACUAAGCUAUGGAACGACAAGCAUGCUCGCGACCAGGUGGUGCCCGCUCUGAAGGAGUCCCUCACCAGGCUGGGUUUGGAGUACGUCGACCUCUACCUCAUUCACUUCCCCAUCGCUACUAAGGAAGACGGAUCCCCAGACAAUAUCGACUACUUAGACACGUGGAAGGGUAUGGAGGAAGCGAAGAAGCUUGGUCUGGCCACAUCCAUCGGAGUGUCCAACUUCAACAUUGCACAGAUUGACAGACUGCUUGCCAACAGCAAUGUACCGCCUGCUGUUAAUGAGUUUGAGGUAAACCCCACUCUCACCCAAGAACCACUGGUCCAGCACUGCAUGUCUCACAACAUAGCUGUGAUGGCGUACAGUCCCUUCGGAUUCCUGGUCUCCCGCAGCAAACCUGAUGCUCCUCCUCCAAGAUACGAUGACCCAACCCUCGGAGCCAUUGCUGCUAAGUACAACAAGACCCCUGGACAAAUUGUUCUUAGAUUUGCGAUUGAACGUGGUCUCACCCCAAUCCCGAAGUCCACCAACCAGAAACGUAUUGCUGAGAACAUCAACAUCUUCGACUUCGAACUGACGGCUGAUGAGAUUGCCACCAUCGCCAACUUCAACAAGAAUGUCCGUGUCAUUGAAAUAGAUAGCUGGAAGGACUACCCUAACUACCCCUUCUAAUUUAUUGUGGUUUAAAUAUAAUGUUCAUUAAUAUUUAAUGAAAAAUAAAGUAUGUUAAAGUAA